UUUAAAUCCUCUCCACUAUCUCACUUUUCACGAAUUCUUCACAGCCAAGCAAACAAAAAAAGGAAACAAUCACGUAGAAUAUAGUAUUCAAUUCUUACCCCCUUUGAGCAUUUCUGAAACUCACUGAUCAGAAAAAUCAUAUAUAUAAUCUGGGACUGGAAAUCAAUCAUAUACCAGUGAUUGAUGCCGAGAAAAGGAUUGAGAAGCAUGUUGUUCGGGUCUAGAUCUCCUUCACCCAUGAGUUCUCCUUCGAGGAGUACGAUUCCUCCAUCGUCACCGCACCAGACAUUCUGCGAGACUCUACUGGACGAGAACAUCGAGACUGCUCAGUCCCUCAUCGAGAAGUGGGACUCCGAUGACGUCACGGCUUCUUCUCUCUUCCAUGGCGACGACCGGCUAGAGGCCGGGCAGUACCUCAACGCCGUCAAGGAUUUGCAGUCCACGAUGCACUUGAUCAUUUCCAAGAGUUCCGCCUCCGUGAAGCUCGUGAGGGCGCAGGUUCUGAUGGAGACGGCGAUGAAGAGGCUCCAGAAAGAGUUUUACCAGAUCAUGUCCUCCAAUCGGCAGUACUUGGAUCCCGAAUCGGUUUCGACUCAUUCGUCGAGGACUUCGACCGUUUCGAGCUUCUCAGAUUUCGAGGAUGAGUUGGAGAACGAGUUCAGAGUCACGACCGAGUCGAUCUCUGAGAUGGAGCGGGUGUCCGCGGCGGCCAUGGCGGAUCUGAAGGCCAUCGCAGAUUGUAUGAUAUCGGUCGGUUAUGGAAAAGAGUGUGUAAAGAUUUACAAGACUAUAAGGAAAUCGAUUGUUGACGAGGGAUUGUACCAUCUCGGAGUUGAGAAGACGUGCCUUUCGCAGAUCCAGAAAAUGGAUUGGGGGGUUUUGGAGUACAAGAUCAAGAACUGGGUUAACGCCGUUAAAGUCGCCGUGAAGACGCUUUUCUACGGGGAGAGGAUUCUCUGCGACCACGUGUUCUCGGCUUCUGAGUCCAUCAGAGAAUCGUGCUACUCCGAAAUCACCGGAGAGGGUGCCACGUGGCUGUUUAGUUUCCCGGAAUUCGUAGCCAAGUGCAAGAAAUCUCCUGAGAAAAUGUUCCGCACUCUGGAUUUGUACGACGCGAUCUCCGACCUCUGGCCGCUGAUCGACUCCAUCUUCUCCUUCGAGUCGACCUCCGCCGUCCGGUCUCUAGCCAUGAAUUCUCUCCUCAAGCUCGGCGAGGCUGUUCGGAUUAUCUUCGCCGACUUCGAGUCGGCGAUCCAAAAGGAUACUUCGAAGGCGGCGGUUCGCGGCGGUGGGGUCCACCCGCUGACGCGUUACGUCAUGAACUACGUCGCGUUCCUCACCGAUUACAGCGAAAUUCUCGCUGACAUCUUCGCCGACUGGCCGUUGUCAAUUCAAUCCCCGCUGCCGGAAUCGUACUUCGGAAGCUUGGAAUCUGCCGACGUUUCCUCAUCGUCAAUCUCCGUACGGUUCGUGUGGCUCGUCCUGGUCCUCCUCUGCAAGCUCGACGGCAAAGCCGAGCUCUACAAGGACGUGGCUCUUUCGUAUCUCUUCCUCGCGAACAACCUCCAAUACGUCGUCGCAAAGGUCCGGGACUCGAACCUCCGGUUCCUCCUCGGCGACGACUGGGUGGCGAAGCACGAGGAGAAGGUGAAGAACUACGCCGCGAAUUACGAGCGCGUGGGGUGGAGCAAGGUGUACUCUUCUCUGCCAGCGGAUCCGACGGCCGAUAUUUCGUCUGAGCAAACAAAGGAGUGCUUCUUGAGACUGAAUGCGUCGUUCGAAGAGGCGUACCGGAAACAGAUCUCGUGGGUUGUGCCCGACGCGAAGCUCCGCGACGAGCUGAAGUAUUCGGUGUCGAGGAGGCUGGUGCCGGCGUACAGGGCGUUCUACGAGAAGCACCGGGACGGGUUGGGCAGAAAAUGCGGGUCGGAGUCGUUGGUGAGAUAUCUUCCCGAGAACAUGGACAAUUACUUGUCGGACCUUUUCUUUGGGGCCGGAGAAGUGGGUGUUGUUUCGUCAGCUUCUUCGUCGCCUUCCCCGUCGUCGCAUUACCUUGGCAGGCGGAGAGGUUGAGACGUUACGUCGUCAGUUUUGACCGGCCACCAGAUGAGUUUUAGGCACGUGUUUUUAUACGGUUUUGAUUGUUGUGGAUAAAAUUGAUUCGAGCAUGUGUGUAGAAUCUGUCACACGUGUCAUGUAUAGCAUUUGCAUACAUUUUUUUAUUGGAAAUAUAGUGAUGCGUACUUGUAUUGUAAUCGAUAUAUAAUACAAAAUAUACACGAAAAGUCUUUGGUUUUUAACUAA